AGCUUAAACCGUUUCAAAGCAAAAGCAACCCCAGAGAUGCAUCAAAUACAUUUUUAGGGAAGAAGGAAACAGGACGAGAUUCUCACCCGACUGGGCUCUUCUCUCCCUUCCUUGCAGAUCCUGCCCCCAUCCACCGACAGCGUCCAGAGCGCCAUGGCCAAAGAGAUGUCCGGGGGAGAUGCCGGCUCGGAGUUGGAUCAGGAGAAGUACGACGCGGACGAGAACGUGAAGAUCAUCUGCCUCGGGGACAGCGCCGUGGGCAAGUCCAAAUUAAUGGAACGUUUUCUUAUGGAUGGAUUCAAACCCCAGCAGCUCUCGACUUUUGCUCUGACGCUCUACAAAUACACGGCCACUGUAGAUGACAAGACCGUCCUUGUGGACUUCUGGGACACAGCUGGGCAGGAGCGCUUCCAGAGCAUGCAUGCUUCCUACUACCACAAGGCCCACGCUUGCAUCAUGGUCUUUGAUGUGCAGAGGAAAGUGACCUACAAGAACCUGAGCAACUGGUACAAGGAGCUCCGUGAAUUCCGCCCCCAGAUCCCCUGCAUCGUGGUGGCCAACAAAAUUGAUGCUGACCUGAAGGUGACUCAGAAAAGCUUCAGCUUUCCAAAGAAGCUACACCUGCCCUUCUAUUUUGUGUCUGCUGCCGAUGGCACCAACGUGGUGAAGCUCUUCAACGAUGCCAUCAAACUGGCCGUCGCCUACAAACAGAAUUCGGGGGAUUUUAUGGAUGAAGUCUUGAAGGAGCUGGAGAAUUUUGACCUAGAGAAGAAGGAAGAGGAGAAGGAGCCAUCUGACCAGGAGGAGGAGGAGAAUCGCCCGGAGGGAGCCCUCCCAUCCACCUGAGGCCACAGGAUGGGGCUGCGUGGUGCCGCUCCCUUGCGUAGCUAGCGUGUGCCCUUCCUGCCAGGGACUGGGAGAGCACGAGGCUCUCCCCGCUCGGAAGCAGCUGCUGGAGGCUCUCCUUGAGGGAGGCAGCCCGGCUGGGAAGAGCUCUGCUGCCCUGGGUGGUUGUCAGCCUGUGGGGUGGCUGAGGAGCAGCUUUCCUCCCCUUGAGAAUCGGAUGGUGCAGAUUCAGGUGGGAGGUGGGCUCACAAGUUCCCACCUUCCGCUUGUCGGAGGACCCCCCCCCCGCCUUUGCAGAGGUUGGCAGAAUCCAUC